GAGGGCGGGUGUUUGUUGAUGUCUGGCUGCGCGCGCUCACUGAGAGCAGCGUCGGCCUUUUUUUAUUUUUACAGUGUAUGCAAGAAGUGAAAAGAGAAAAUAAUAUUUAUGCUUUUGUGAGACUCUGCAUUUCUUUAUCAUAGUGGACGCGGGCCUGUAACCUGCACCGGAUCCACAGGCACCAAGAUGGGUUACCUCAGACUCAUCGAGAUCGAGAACUUUAAGUCUUAUAAGGGGAAGCAGAUAAUCGGCCCCUUCCACAAGUUUACCGCCAUCAUUGGCCCUAAUGGCUCAGGAAAAUCCAACUUAAUGGAUGCCAUAAGUUUUGUGCUGGCAGAGAAGACCAGCAACCUACGUGUGAAGACCCUAAAGGAUCUGAUCCAUGGAGCUCCAGUUGGAAAGCCUGCUGCAAACCGUGCUUACGUUAGCAUGGUUUACUGUGAAGACAGUGGUGAAGAAAGAACCUUCAGUCGUGUAAUCGUAGGCAGCUCUUCAGAGUAUCGGAUUAACAACAAAGUAGUAGGACUGAGUGAUUACAGUGAAGAACUUGAGAAGUUAGGGAUUCUCAUCAAGGCCAGGAACUUCCUUGUCUUUCAGGGAGCAGUAGAGUCCAUUGCCAUGAAAAACCCUAAGGAAAGGACAGCACUGUUUGAGGAGAUAUCCCGUUCCGGUGAGCUUGCUCAGGAAUAUGAUAAGAGAAAGAAAGAAAUGGUAAAGGCUGAAGAGGACACACAGUUCAAUUAUCAUCGUAAGAAGAACAUUGCUGCUGAGCGGAAGGAGGCUAAGCAGGAAAAAGAGGAGGCUGAACGAUAUCAACGCCUGAAGGAUGAGCUAGUACGUGCUAACAUCCAGCUGCAGCUUUUUAAACUGUACCAUAAUGAAAGUGAGAUUGAAAAAUUAAAUAAGGAACUAGUCCAGCGAAACAAGGAAAUUGAUAAGGAUCGAAAGAAAAUGGAUCGGGUUGAAGAGGAGCUGAAAGAAAAGAAGAAAGAAUUGGGACGUCUGAUGCGAGAGCAACAAACAGUGGAAAAGGAAAUCAAAGAGAAAGAUUCUGAAUUGAACCAGAAGCGCCCUCAGUACAUAAAGGCCAAGGAGAACACAUCACACAAAAUCAAGAAGCUGGAAGCAGCUCGCAAAUCCUUGCAGAAUGCUCAAAAGCAAUAUAAGAAGCGCAAAGCGGACAUGGAUGAGUUGGAAAAGGAGAUGGGAGCUGUGGAGAAGGCCAGGCAAGAGUUUGAGGAACGCAUGGAGGAAGAGGCCCAGAGUCAAGGACAGGAUCUUACCUUGGAGGAGAACCAAGUUAAACAAUAUCAUCGACUUAAAGAAGAGGCCAGUAAACGUGCUGCCACACUUGCCCAGGAGUUAGAGAAGUUCAAUCGUGAUCAAAAGGCAGACCAGGACCGACUUGACCUAGAAGAGAGGAAGAAAAUAGAAACAGAGGCAAAAAUAAAACAAAAGAUCAGAGAGAUUGAAGAAAAUCAAAAGAGAAUAGAGAAACUUGAAGAUUACAUUUCUACCAGCAGACAGUCUCUUGAUGAGCAGAAAAAACUGGAGGAAGAACUGACAGAAGAAGUGGAACUGGCUAAAAGGCGAAUUGAUGAAAUCAAUAUGGAACUGAACCAGGUCAUGGAGCAGCUGGGUGAUGCGAGGAUUGACCGGCAGGAGAGCAGCAGGCAACAGCGCAAAGCAGAGAUCAUGGAAAGCAUUAAGAGGCUCUACCCUGGCUCUGUGUAUGGCCGGCUAAUCGAUUUGUGUCAGCCUACACAGAAGAAGUAUCAGAUUGCUGUUACUAAAGUCCUGGGUAAAAACAUGGAUGCUAUCAUUGUGGAUUCAGAGAAAACUGGAAGGGACUGUAUUCAGUACAUCAAAGAGCAACGGGGAGAGCCAGAGACAUUUUUGCCACUGGACUACUUGGAGGUCAAACCAACUGAUGAAAAGUUGAGAGAAUUGCGAGGUGCAAAGCUGGUGAUUGAUGUCAUCCGAUAUGAGCCACCCCACAUCAAAAAAGCACUUCAGUAUGCCUGUGGCAAUGCUCUUGUUUGUGAGAAUGUGGAGGAUGCUCGUAGGAUUGCAUUUGGUGGGCCUCACAGACAUAAGACUGUUGCCCUUGAUGGAACCCUGUUUCAGAAGUCUGGUGUUAUUUCGGGUGGUGCCAGUGACCUCAAAGCAAAAGCUAGGAGGUGGGAUGAAAAAGCAGUUGAUAAGUUAAAGGAUAAAAAAGAGAAACUCACAGAGGAAUUAAAGGAGCAAAUGAAGGCCAAACGCAAGGAGGCAGAACUCCGCCAGGUUCAAUCACAGGCUCAUGGAUUGCAGAUGAGAUUGAAGUACUCUCAGAGCGAUCUGGAGCAGACAAAGACCAGACACCUUGCCCUUAACAUGCAGGAAAAAUCCAAGCUGGAGAGUGAACUAGCCAACUUUGGGCCAAGAAUCAAUGACAUUAAAAGAAUCAUCCAGUCACGUGAGAGAGAGAUAAAGGAACUGCGUGAUAGGAUGAACCUGGUGGAGGAUGAGGUGUUCUUGGAUUUCUGCAAAGAAAUUGGUGUUCGUAAUAUUCGUGAGUUUGAGGAAGAGAAGGUUAAGAGACAAAAUGAAAUCGCUAAGAAACGCCUUGAAUUUGAAACUCAAAAAACUAGACUUGGGAUCCAGCUGGACUUUGAGAAGAACCAGCUGAAGGAAGACCAAGAAAAGGUGCACAUGUGGGAGCAGACUGUAAAGAAAGAUGAAAAUGAGAUAGAAAAAAUGAAAAAAGAAGAACAACGACAUAUGAAAAUCAUUGAUGAAACAAUGGCGCAGCUUCAGGAUCUUAAAAACCAACACUUGACGAAAAAAUCAGAAGUCUCUGACAAGAACCACGAAAUGGAAGAAAUUAGGAAAAAAUUGGGGGGUGCAAACAAAGAGAUGACCCAGCUGCAGAAAGAGGUUACAGCUAUUGAAACAAAGUUGGAGCAGAAGCGUAGUGACAGACAUAAUCUAUUGCAAGCUUGUAAAAUGCAAGACAUUAAGCUUCCACUGAAAUCUGGUACCAUGGAUGAUAUUAGCCAAGAGGAGAGUGUCUCUCAAGGGGAGGAAUCCGCAAGCAGCUCUCAGAAGACAUCUAGCACUGUACUGGCCAAAGAAGCUCUGAUUGAGAUUGACUAUAGUGACUUAUCUGAAGAUCUAAAAGAUCUUCAAACAGAAGAUGAGAUUAAGGCAGAAAUGAAUACUCUGCAACAAAAACUAAAUGAACAGCAGAGUGUUCUACAGAGGAUCGCUGCCCCUAAUAUGAAGGCUAUGGAGAAACUAGAAAGUGUCCGGGACAAGUUCCAGGAGACGAGUGAUGAGUUUGAAGCUGCUCGAAAAAGAGCAAAAAAGGCCAAGCAGGCAUUUGAACAAAUCAAGAAGGAACGCUUUGACCGCUUUAAUGCAUGUUUUGAGUCAGUGGCUACCAACAUAGAUGAAAUCUACAAGGCACUUUCAAGGAACAGCAGUGCACAGGCUUUUCUGGGUCCAGAGAACCCUGAAGAACCAUAUCUGGACGGCAUUAAUUAUAACUGUGUGGCUCCAGGGAAGCGUUUCCGGCCCAUGGACAAUUUGUCUGGAGGAGAGAAAACUGUGGCAGCUCUAGCAUUAUUGUUUGCUAUCCAUAGCUACAAACCAGCUCCCUUCUUUGUUUUGGAUGAGAUUGAUGCUGCCCUAGACAACACGAACAUUGGAAAGGUUGCUAACUACAUCAAAGAUCAGUCGGUGAUGAAUUUCCAAGCCAUUGUCAUUUCUUUGAAGGAGGAGUUUUAUACCAAGGCAGACUCGCUCAUUGGAGUCUACCCAGAGCAAGGGGACUGCGUCAUCAGUAAGGUCCUGACCUUUGAUUUAUCCCUGUACCCUGAUGCACACCCAAAUCCUUCUGACCAAUGAUCACUCAUUUUGGUGCGGGAAAGACUUCCAAAGUUCAAUGUUAUGGUUGUGGACUGAUCCCUGGAUUCUGUGUGUAAAAAAUCAUAAACUCAUCCAUUCUGAAGAGAACAUUGUUCUGUAAUCUUGUCUUGGAGAUGCUGCUCUGCAUUUCUUGUAUUAUGGCCAUCUCUGCUUCACUUCAUGGACUGUAUUAUAUUGACCCAAACUUUGUAUCUGACUUUUCUUUCACUUUUUCCAUUACUGUUCUUGCAAUGUUAAAUGCCUCAACACUUAGAGACUUGGAUACAUUCCAAUGAACUGAAUAAUUUGUUUUUGGUACCCCGAAAGCACUAAAUCACACUGAUUAGUGAAGCAAUUGCAAGUAUAUGUACAGCGUAAAUGAUAAAGAGAGACAAGAAGCCUUUGAACCAUUGGGCUGCCCAGCCAUUGUCUUUACCGGGCUCAGUUAUUGGAGAUGCAUCUGGGAAUUCUUGCAUUCAAACCUUAGCUGGAUAUACUUCGGGGGAAUUUUGCAUGCCCCAAGGCUCAUUUCUGUGACCCUUGACCUGUAUUACUUCCUUGGUGCAUUGUAGUGAUAGUUUGCAUCAUUCAUUCUUUUAAGUACCAUGUGUUAUAUGCGUGUUCCUCACGCUUCCACGGGUUUGUGUACCUUUUUAAUAGCUAAAUGCUUUUGAGGAGGGGCCUUCGCAGGUGGACUUUAGCUCUCAGUUUCUCGCCAGUUGUUGCCUUUAUUGUUUUACUUCUAGAACAGCAGACAAAAAGAUGAUGGUCCUUCAUAUUUUAUUCUAAAGAAAUGUAAUGGUUUUUUUUUUUUUUUGUUUUUUGGAUAGGAUAUUUUGGGGAAUCAAAGUAUUUUCCUAAUUAAUUUAAGUUGGUCUCCACAAACGAUGUUUAUUAAAAAAAAAUUGUUUAAACAUGCAUUCGCAUCAAAAAUAGCUUCUUUUUUUUUUUUUUUUUUUCAAAAAAUUCUUUUGACAUUUUAUUGUUGUAUUUUAUUAUUGUGGGACUAGACCCUGUGGUUGGGGUAGGCCAUUUAAUGUGACAUUGUUGCUGCAUAUCUUUUAUGCUUAUGUGUAGUGCUAAAUAACAUGAAUUUGUUAAAUAAACAAUUUCUGAAUAAAAUAUUUUGUCCUGUA